GUAGGGUUCCGUUACGGUGGACGAAUGAUAUUCUGCGGGUUAUUCACCAUUUUCGCUUUGCGCCUUGACUUAGCCCCACAGAGCGCGCGCAGCACCAGCAGUCGGGUCGAAGUCGUACAUCUUCUGUACACGUCGUCCCACUGGGAUUUAUUGACCAGACCUGCCUUGGAGGAUGCCUACGCUCCGGUACGCUCAAUACCUUGCUUCAAGCUAUCCCCGUCUUCAUCCCGCCAUGUCGACCUUGACAUCAUGAUUCUAUUACAACUUCGAUGAUCCUGCCAGCAUUAGUCGUGCAAUGCAGGGCUGUAAUCGAGGCACAGCGCGACAUGCUGAUACGCCUUCCUCAAUCACUGCAUCGAUGUCAGUUGCCUCGUGCCAAUGAACAAGCUAUUAUUAUGUUUGAGCACUAGAGAUCCGACAUUCCCUACGGAGGAGCAAGAUGAACGUACGUGGACAGAGCUGGCGA